CCCCUGAGAGAAAUGCAGAUGUUCUGCAAAAGUAAAUACAGAUCUCUCUCACUCUCUCUUUUCAUUGCCAGCUCUGCACUUAUCAUGUGUACACCACAAACAAUUAAACUCAUGCAUUAUACUUUAAUGGUCCUUUUAUACAUAUCCUAUACAUUAUACAGAGCUGUGUGCUGUUUGAUGCUGUGCAUCACGUGUCCUUUAGCUUGUGUCGGAUGACCACGCGACACUUGAGUUCAUCCCCAUUCUAACAUCUUAUUGGAUGUGCUGUGGCUCUGAUUCGGCUUGUAGUUUUGUACAUAUGUGAGCUUCUGCAGCGUUAACCGCUCUAAAUGCUUCAUGCAUGUUCCUCCAUGUAGCCUAUACAAGCUCUGUUUGGGGAAAAGAAGACUGUGUUGUAUUUCACUGACCUUCCAGGGUCGGUUGCAUGUUUCUCCCCAUUUUCUAAACCCCAUUAAGCCCCCCUAAUCUUUUAGUGUACUACAUUGCUCUUUGUUUAUUUCCCGCACCUCUUCUCGCUGAGGCUUAAUCUAACUUUGCUUCAGCCAGAUGGACCACCGGGUUGAGGAUACAUCCUGAUAAAGCCACAAGGAAACCACAAAUGUUACACGAGAUAAAUGAAUGCCUUUGUUGCUCUAAUAUAAAACUAAUCAUUCCAUCUACUUCUACACUGCACUUCAUUUUAAGGUGGAAAGUUGCCCUUAAUGACGGAUAUUGAAUGAAUGAAGUAGUGUAUUUCUGUGUGUGUCCCUACCCCAUAGUUAAUUGGGGAUUAGAGGUUAGCUCACAUGCACCUUUUAAAAAUUCCCUUCAGAUUCUAUUUAAAGCUGAAUUUUAUACGCGAUAGAAGGGCGGACUUUUGUUUCCUAUGUAGGCUAACAUGUAAUUUUCAUCCAGUGGAAAAGAUUCCUUGGAGGUUGAAAGACAGCACUCCACAAUCCUCUGAGCGGAGAGCGGUGACUGGUCUGCUCUGGUCACAUGCUCCUCUCUCUCUUACAUUCCCUUACUCUGUUGCAACACUCCUCAUCUCUCGCUCACUCCUUCCCUCCCACUCUCUCCGUGUCUCAUGGCUGCUCUGUUGCCGUCGAGGAGUUUUAUGGAGCGUUUCCAGAGGAUGUGAAGAAGGGGGAAAGCUCGGGUUGGCUUCAGCAUGUUCGCCGCUCUCUCCGCUCAGGCUGACUCUUCCCCCUCGACUCCGUAAUCUCCCCAGUUAUUCCUCCUUUCAUCUUGUUGCCUCAAGACUGGACUGUCUUCUUCGGCAACAUGUAUUCCCUGGACGAUUUCGGUGAACAGAGUAUCUGCCAGGCGCGGGCCUCUGUGAUGGUCUAUGACGAUGCCAGUAAGAAGUGGGUGCCCAUCAAGCCCGGGCAGCAGGGCUUCAGCCGCAUCAACAUCUACCACAACACUGCCAACAACACCUUCAGGGUGGUGGGCGUCAAACUGCAGGACCAGCAGGUGGUUAUAAACUACUCCAUCGUGAAGGGACUGAAAUACAAUCAGGCCACCCCGACCUUCCAUCAGUGGCGUGACGCCCGCCAGGUUUACGGGCUGAACUUUGCCAGUAAGGAGGAGGCCACCACUUUCUCCAACGCCAUGCUGUUCGCCCUCAACGUCCUCAGCUCACCUGACGGUGGAGGUCCAGUCGUUCAGCGUCAAAACGGGCCCUCCUCCGAAGAAAGCGAGGCACAGAGAAGGAUGAUGGAGCAACAUCAGAUGCAGGCGCACAAGGAGAGGGAGCGACGAACGUCAGGAUCAGUCGUUUCCACUCUCCAAUAUAAAGUGUCCACUCCUCCCACCCACCCAAACACCCCUCCAGAGUACAGACAGUACAGAGCUAGCACACUGCCACCCUCCUACGUCCGUGUGGCCUCCUCCUCUCCUCCAUCCAUCCCCUCCUCCUCCUCUCCCUCUCAGGAGAAAGAGGUGGGGGCCGCUAGGGAGAGAGCCCAGCUCUCCUCCCAGCUCACCACCUCGCUCGCCUCAGCCUUUUCCCCAGUCCAGGCCGGAGUGAGCACCCUGGGCCGACAGGUCCGUCAGAUACCCCUGUCUCCUCCCACAGCAGCCCGUCACCAACACCUUCAACAACUGCAGCAGCAAGACAUCUCGCUCCCCCCAAAACACGGCACCUGGUCUGCCUCCCAAUUGCAGCAGAUGUAUGCCCAAUUGCCCCCUUCCGCUUCCCCUCCAGUUAUGAUGGCCAUGCCCGUGAAGCAGGCUUUGCCCCAACAGCCCGCACUCCCUUUGGCUCACCCCCUUCCACCCCUGAGCACUAGAGUGAAGCCCCCACCUCUUGACCCAAACGUUGUGACAGGCCAUCCUCAGCACCAGCCCCACCCUAACUCCAACGGCCAGCCAGACGGCGCCUACUCUCCUCAUUCUCAGCAUCUGCCACUCACCCCGCAGUACUGCGAGGCCGUCCCCCUGCCUCCUCUGAUAGGUCAGACAGCCGCAGGCCCCGCCCCUAUCCACCUGCCCCAGUACCCAUCCACCUUCCACCCUCAGCAACAACUGCAUUUGCAACAACAACAACAGCAGCAACACGUGUACCACCAGCAGGCCCAGCCCCCCACCAACACUUCCUCCUCCUCCUCGCCCCCCUCUUACACUGCCAUGUCUGACGGGGGCUCGCCCAAGAAGACCCCCUCCCCAGUCCCCCAGCAGACCCCCAUGCUCAGCAGCAGCCCCCCCGUCUCUGCAGGUCACCCGAUUAUGCUUUCUGUGGCGCCUCCUCCAGCAUCAGUUCCAGCACCCAUGGCUGGUCCUCCAGCCCCCCCACCGCCACCGGGCCCACCGCCCCCAAUGGCGGUGCCCCCACCCAUGCCCCCUCCACUACCCACUGGUGGAGGGCCUCCAGGGGGUCCGCCCGGUGGCCAGAACCAACUCUCAGGACUGGCCGCAGCACUAGCUGGAGCCAAGCUACGUAAAGUACAAAGGGAUGAGAGCAGUCCGCCCGGGUCGAGCGGCAAAAGUGACUCCAACCGGUCGAGUGGGGGCAGUGGAGGUGGUGGAGAGGGACUAAUGCAGGAGAUGAAUGCCUUACUAGCUCGCAGACGGAAAGCUUCAGAGAAACCCGAUGAAGACGACUCUAAUGGUAGAGGGCCAGGUCAGCAGAACUCAACAGAUGCUGGGAAGAAGCCAUGGGAACGGUCCAACUCUGCAGACAAGUCCUCGCUGGUCUCCAGAGUGAGACCCAUCGGCAGCACAAGUGAAUCAGACACAGAAUUUGACAGAAUGAAACAGGAAAUUUUGGAUGAAGUUGUACGUGAGUUGCAUAAAGUGAAAGAUGAAAUCAUUAAUGCCAUCAGACAAGAAAUCGGCAGAAUCAGUACAUCCUAAUCUCAUCGGAGCAACGGUAGGAGGGAGGAGAGCAAGAGGAGGAUGGACAUGCAGAUGCACAGACACGAGGACCAGGGGAAUGUUCUCUCAAUGUUUCUGUGACCUCGAGAUGCCACGGUGCAAGUUGCAGAGAUGUUGUGGCAACAUUUGAGUCUGCUGGACAGCGAAAAUGUCAGAAAGAAACAGAGAGAAUGGGUUGAUGAGACAGGGGAGCAGAAUGAUGCUUAAAGGAGAAGAUUAAAGGACGGACAAACUCAAACAGAGGAUAAGAAAUGUACUAAAAGAUGAAUUGUGAGAUGGACGGACAUUGGUGCUGAGUUUGGUGUUGUGGUCCUCUGUGCACCGAUAGACUCAGUCAGCCCAGCGUUGCAGCUCUUUGUUCUCUGUUCAGUCCAAGUCUUAAUUAAGAAGAAAAUAUUUUUGUUUUCUAAGUUUUUACUGUUUUAUUAUUUAAAAAUACUGUGGUGAUGAUGACAAUGAGUAUUUUAUUGAUAUUAUAGAAGGAGAAAGGAAUCUUGCACACCAUUUGUCAGCCUUUUCUAUUUUCUAUUAUUAUUUGUUUGUUUAGUUCAUCCCUAACCAUUUCAUAAUGACAAGCACAAGAGGGCAUAAUAGUGCUGCAGACUCACCUGCCCUCGACAAAAACAAAAACUUGUAUGACCUCGUUCAUACUGGUGUUGCGUAUGUCAUAUUUUCUCUCCAGAGAUGUUGAAAAACAUGUUCAUGUUUUAACCACACUUGGCUACUUAACCCUUGUGUUGCCUUAGGGUCAUUUUGACCUGAAUCAAUAUUACACCCUCCCCCCGCCUUAGGAUUAAUUUGACCCCAUUCAAUGUUUAAUGUCGGUGUUCUUUCGGUAGUCAACAAACAAACAUAAAGUGCCUCACACUUAAACUUGGAAAACAAUAUUAAUUCUAAUAAUUUUCUGGAGGUUUUAAUUGCUGGUGUCAAAUUGAACCCAAAGGGUAAAAUAUGUUAGUAAAUAUAAAGGUAACAGGAGGGUGAAACAUUGAAUCGGGUCAAAAUGACCCAAAAGCGGGGGGAGGGUGUAAUAUUGAUUCGGGUCAAAAUGACCCGAAGGCAACACAAGGGUUAAAAUACCUCUUUCUGCCACACCCGGGGCUUAUUAACACAUCGCAAAUGAACGAUUCAUGUUUGGAAAUUGAUCAGAUUACACACAAUGACAUUAUACACAACUCCAGUUCAAGUUGCUCUCUACUUGAUCAUUGAAACUUGGGGAUUAUUCUCAAAACAGGCCGAUAACUGUAAAUGUGCCACCUGGUUUUAGAUAGAUAUAAAACAAUGUAGUACUACAUCCUAUAUUUUGUGAACCUCCCAAGUAUGCAUGAAACCCCUAUUUCUAUAUGAAUUGAUUUCUUAUUUGAUUUUGAAGUGGGGAAAAAGAAGAAAUACAAAUGGUGGUACAUUUAUUAAUGUGGUUUGUUUCCAUGAAGAUUCCCCUUUCUAUAUAUGAAAUGUUGAACUUGAUAAUGGUAGCAAUGUUGAACAUAUAGGGGGGAGUGAGAUGGCAAUAUGCAAAUCUUACCAGAUAAGAAUGUGCAGAGAGUGAAUAGUAGGCCUAUGUGAUGGUAGCUAAAUGUGUCUUUGCAGGAAGGAUUUGGUUGAAUAUUGGUUGUUGCAUUCUAUCCACUCUGUCCGCUCUCAACUACGUUCUAAUUUAAAAGCUGAAAGUAAAUUCCUUCAAACAACAA